AUGGCGGCGGAGGGCACCGGCCAGCCGCUGUACAGGCACUUCCAGCCCAUGUACGAGAACAUGCAGCAGAGGGCGAACGUCAAGCCCAUCUUCUCGUUGGUGCCCGCACCCGAUCGCCAGGCCUACAUUGUGGUGGGAGAGAUGCCCGAGGCGGCCAUGAAGGAGGGCACGCUCGCGUGGCUGCAGGCAGAGCCCCUCGUCGAGGGCUCGCCGAAGUCUUUCUGGGCGGUGCAGGGCACCGUCCAAGCGCGGGACCAGGACGAGAUGAGAGCGCGCUUCGUGGUGGACACUGCCAGCCCGUUCCUCUUCGCCCCCAGGGACCUGUUCCCCAGCUUCGUGCGCGGGCUGCUCCCAGAGGGGCACUUCGACCAGCUCUGCGGGGCGGACCCCAGCGCCGGCAGCCUGGUGGUGUGCUCGUGCGGCGACGACCUCGACGCGGAGGUGUGGGUGCACCUCGGGGACUCCGGAUUCCGCCUGGGCAGCGACAAGCUCUUCAAGCGCGUCCCCGACAGCGGCGGAGGGGAGGACCUGUGCCUCCUGGCCAUCCAGCCGAACCCGUCGCGCUCCAUGGAUCCCAUGGAGCUCCUGGGGGACCUGCUCACCGGGUCUGGCAUCACGCAGGGAGGCGGCCCUGAAUACCCAGACGACCCGGACCCCCUGGGCGCUGGGCAGCCGUUCGUCAUGCCUCCGCUGCCAUUCCUCAUCCCCAUCGCCGAGGCCCUCAACGCCACGUUCCUGAGGGGGCACGCAGGUGGAGCGCCCAUCACCAUCCCCGGGGCCAACGGCUCGCUGCAGAACCUCUUGCCCCUCCUGCCGCCCGUCGCUGGAGAGGAGCAGGUGGAGGAGAUCGUGGAGAUGAAGCCCGACGGCACCAGCUGCACGACGACUUUGGUUUGGGACGCGAAGGGACUGAAGAGGAACAGCACCGAGUGUUCGGACGGCGCGCAGGAGGCGGAGCGGCGCCGGUUGUCGGGCGCGGCGCCCCCGAGCGACCUGUGGGUGCUGGGCGGCCCCUUCCUGGAGCACUUCGUCACCGUCAUGGACUUUGGGAACUCCCGCAUCGGGUUCGCAGAGCCGAUCGGCCAGGAGAGCGCGCAGCUGGAGCGCGCCAUCCAGGUGUCCAGCCCCAGCUUCCGGGCGGCGACCCCCGCGAGGGACGACCGCGCGCCCGCUUUGCAGGCAAGCCAGCCGCCAGGCCCCACGGCUGCGGAGGACGCGGACCCGGACGCCCACGCUGGCGGCUUCCCGUGGGGCACGGUGGUGUUGCUCUCGUGCCUGGGCACGGCCGCCUGCUUCUUCUAUCGCCUCCAGCAGAAGAUGAAGAGGAGGAAGAACUUGGCCUUCGACGACAUGGAGAACCCAGCCCGCCCAGAGGAGGACGUGGUGGCCGCGGAGUGA